GGACCGGCCGCCAAGGACACCGGCGACGCUGCGGGCGGCGCAGAGAAGCCGAACAAAACGCAGCAACUGAAGCGCGUCUUCAAGGAAUACGGGGGCGUGGCCGUGACCUUCCACGUGGGGAUCUCGCUGGUGUCACUCGGGAUAUUCUACACUCUGGUGUCCAGCGGUCUGGACGUCCCGGCGCUCCUCCUCAAAGUCGGCUUCAGUGAAGCUCUGGUCCAAUCCAAGAUGGCGGCGGGGACCAGCACCUUCGUCUUGGCGUACGCCAUCCACAAACUGUUUGCUCCGGUGCGGAUGAGCAUGACGGUGGUGUCGGUGCCCUUCCUGGUCCGCUACUUCCGGAGGACCGGCUUCUUCAAGGCGCCCCCGCCGCCUCGGGCUUAGCCGGAUCCCGGCACAGAGA